GAUACCAUUGAAACUAGUGACCAAUUUGAGUAACUAAUGACCAAUCUUCCGCGAUUUUCACCAACUUCAUUAUCACAUCUUUGAUUAUAGGCCUACUUAGUCCAAAAGAGAAAAAGACUUUCCACCUCCAACCAUUAUUUCUUCCUCAAUUUCAGCCACUUUUCAAGCUCAUUUUCCUUCAUACCGUUGGAAAGUAAAGCAAACCAAAUAGUUACCUAAAUUCAAUGAAACCCAAGAAUGGAUCACAAUGCCCAAGUAGAUCAAAUUUUAUGCAGAACAUGUAUAUACUACUGUUGUUCCUCCUCUUGAAACUCUUUCUUCUUGUUCAAUGUUCUAAUAAUAACAGCCUUACAAAGUCAUUAGAAGUUAUUCUUCAUGAACACGCUUUCAAGAGUUUGGUUCAUCAACAUACUGGAUCUUUAUACAAUGCUAGUGUUCCUUCAAGUCUAGCAGGAAUGAAACUCUCAUUGGUGAGGUUAAGAAGCAGGACAUUGUGGGAAAAAGGUGCAAACUUCAGUGGAUUUUCAAUUCCUCCAAGAACUAUUCCGGUGCCUUAUGUUAAAAGAAUCCACAUUGUGUACAAUGAUUUGGGAAACUUGUCUUCUCAUUACUUCAACAUAUCAGGUUACGAUCUCUUGACUUCUGUUAUUGGUUUCAUAGUUUAUGAUGCACCAUCACAUAUUAGCACCAUCACGAGUCUGAGAAAGCUUGAUCUUAGACCAACGAGACAACCUAUAUCGAUUGAGUUCAAGAAUUUAACAGAGAUGAUCAAGGGAAGAACAACGAAGUGUGCCAUGUUUGAUGAAAAUGGAAAAGUUUCACUUAGUGAAAUGAAGUUUCCUAACUUAUGUUACACAAGAAAUCAUGGUCAUUUCACUAUAGUGUUACCUUCAGAGACAAGGAAGAAAAGGAGAAUCUGGGUUUUUUUGGUUAUCGGUUUUGUUAUCGGGCUAUUUGGUGUUGUGUUGGUGGUCGUUGUAGGAAGGAUGGUGCUGGGAAUUUUUAAAUCCAAGAAAACAUGCGAAAUGGAAAGAGAAGCAGAAGAAGGUGAGUUUUUGGAAAGUGUUGUGGUUGGUAGAAGUAAAAUGCCUGUUGCUAUGGUAACAAGAACUCAUCCAGUACUUGAAGGACCACGUUUUCCUUAGUUUGUAUCAUUUUGCUGAGAUUAGCUAUCUUGUUCUGUGUCGAUUUACAGAUGCACCGGUGGGUAGGUGUAAAAGUAAGAUUGGUGAAGGCUAACAGAUGUGGACCAGGUGGACCUAAAAUUACAUGAAGGGAAGUUAUCUCGAAAGACCAACAAAUCUUUGGUAUAAAUGUAGAUUUAGCUAAAGAAAGGCCACAAUGAAAGAAAAGAUACGGUGAAAUCUAUUAUUUGAGGAAAGAUUUUAUCUUGUUUUCACUUUUAUUUUAUUUACAAUGAUGAUGUUAUGAUAUGAACUUAUAUGAAAAAGUGAGGAUUCAUAGAGUCAAUGAUGAUGUUAUGAAAUGAACUUAUAUGAAAAAGUGAGGAUUCAUAGAGCCAAUCCCAACUUGUUUGGGAUAGAGGUGUAAUUGUUGUUGUAGGCGCUUGUUGUAUUGCAUUUAAAGGAAAAAUAUCUACUUGUAUAGUUGGAUUUCCAGAGUGUUAUAAAACUCUUUAUUUUUAUCUCUCGGUCGGAUGUGAGUCUAGGGUAUCAUGUACA